CUUGAGGCGUUCUUCCGGUGUCUGUUUCUGUCAAAAUGGCUCGUGUGGUACAAUCUAAGGUUGCUGUUGUUUCCACUGUUUUCUUCGUAUGUUUACAUUUUGCAUGUUGUAAUAAUGGAAGAAGGGUUGGUGAUGCCUUGGAGACUGAGUUCGGUGGUUUCUCUGUGCCUCUUGAACACUCAUUUGAAGUUGAUGAUGUAGCAAAGUUUCAAGUGCGUGGAGCUUUGCUUUUAAAGCCUGGAAGAGAGCCGAGUGUCUCACUAAGUCAGAACCCGCUGUCAGAUGAGGACAGGACCAAAUUGAAGGAAGUGGCUGCAGUGGACGGUCUAUACAGGAUCAGAGUGCCUCGUGUUUUCCUGCAGGCUGACAGACAGACAGAGCGGCAGAUGGAAGGCUACCUCACAGCAUUUGUCAGAGCUUGUGCCAUGGUUGAGUCCCAUCUGAGCGAUGUGAUCGCGCUCCACACUGACGUCUCCGGUUACCUCAUCGGUGUCUCCAUAGUGACGUUACCUGGGGCCUGUAGGGGCACUGAAGUUGAGGAUGAGGUCGACCUUGAGAUUUUCAACACCACACUCAGCAUAAUGGCUCCAGUCAAUGCACCUGGACCUGAGACGGCUUUCUUCCUUGAACGGAUGGAACAGGAAUCUGAGAAGAAAGGGAAGAACCCACAAGAGCAGAAAUCUUUCAUCGCUAAAUAUUGGAUGUACAUUGUGCCUCUCGUUCUCUUCUUGAUGAUGUCUGGCGCUCAGGAUCAGUCGGGAGCAGGAGCUGGCGGUGGAGCAGGCAAUGGCGGUGGCCGAUGAUCAACAACACAACAAUUUUUGUUUUGUUUUUGUUUUUUGUGAACUAAACAAUACUUCUUGGGCAGUUUUUCAUUGCUGUACAUAAUGCUGUUAAUGGAAGAUACAUGUCGGUCACACACAACUUACCUGUACAUUGUAGAAGAGAUAUAGUGCCCUGCAGAUGACUGCGUUUUUAAUUCUAAUGUGAAAAUAAAGUAUUUAUUACUUGA